AUGAUACCACGCGGAAUGAUUGCCCUUGUCCACACGCACACACUACUUUUACUGACCAUGCUCAUAGCUCACAUCUAUCACACUCACACUAUCCCUUCUCAGCAUCGCUCCCUCAUGUUACCGGCACCCCGAGGCCCCGAGGCUUGGUUACUUCGGUAUCAGACGGUAGGCGGCGGUGCCGUACCCCUCAAGCCUCAAGUGAACAAAUGUGACAAGAAAUCAUGUAUAAUAUCCCGUUCCCUUCUCCCUUCAAAGACCAUCACCAUCACAUUGACACAUCGACCCUCAACGAUCUCUCGAUAUACAAGUUUAACAGACCCGGAUCAACACAUCCUUGUCGUCCCGCUUUUCGUUUUCCCGACAACCACUUUCCGUCCCGUCACUUUUCUACUCGAAGGGGGAAAGACCUUUUCUGAUAACAUGUUACCUUGUUCUAUCCCCUUGCCCGAAUCCCCUAUCCAGAGACCAUCCUCAAAUAUUGAUUUCUCCAACCAAGUCGCGCCAUUCCCUCUACCACCUGCUCGACCAGCUAGCACUCCUCCAAUCCUUCGUUCCCUGGGUCUCAUCGAUACACCAGAAACACUUCGAAGCCCCAUCAGACAGGUGAUUGAACUUCCAAUGUCUAUGUUUGACACACCUCUUUCUCGGCGAUUUAGCCAGGGAGCCAACCUCGAUACCAUUUCCGAAAUUUGUGAACCGACAGUUCUUUCGACACCCAGUGUGAGCCAGACUGAGAUCGAUGGACAUGGAAGGAGAAUGGUACAACUUGCUCAUGGAGAAGAAGUAAAUUGGGCACGUCCAUUGAUGGCAAAUACGGAAGAUGCGGAAGUUCGUAUCUUUGGUGCAUCUCAGCAACGUAUUCGUCGUGUGGCUGCCCGUGCCAUCUUGACUCAACAACCGCUCACUCCACCUUCUUCCGAUGACGGUCAAGUCUUAACUCCUUCCUCAGAAACCUACGCCUUAUAUAGACAACUACAACAACUUACUUUCGAAUCUGCAGAUUCGUCUGAAGCGAAAAAUUUAGACAUCACUCCAUUCAACUUGAACACACCGUCAUCCUCUCCCACACCCAUUCCUCGUGUUCGGCCUGCCAGCUGGAUGAUCUCCACAUUUCCUCAGCCAGACACGAGUGAUCCCACAUAUCUUGGCCUCAUGCGAUCCGGAAGUCAAUGGACAACUUAUUCAGGGGCUACCAUGUCUCGAGGUCCUAGUCACGUCAAGGAAAAGAAGAUCAAACGAAAAGCCGUUCCUGCUCUUCCCGCCGAUCUGUUCUCCCCUGAAAUCGCCGUCGCUUCCACAUCAUCUCCACCUCCUUCAGCCUUCGCUCGCCACACUUCUCCACUACCUCAGUUCGCGCCCCACUCACCCUCAACCACACCGGAGCCUUUUGCCAGACCUCCAUUCAUCAGAGCGGCAACUUCCACUCGUCAACCAAUCACUGAUAAACACGACCUUUCCGACCAGUUAUCAACAAAGAUGGACAUAGUGAUCCCUACGCCUGCCUCAACUCCAUCUAUGCGUCUCACCAGCAAGAGCAUGCUCACACUUCCAUUAACGAUGCACCAACUCGAAGUCGCUCCUCCUCUUCCCCUCACUCCUCGUUCACCCGUCUUACUGUCUCUUCCACCCUCGAAGACUUCUGCCCCACGUCAAAAUGAAGACACCCGUACUCCACCUCGUAAAGGUUUAGGUUCUCUCUAUGCCACUGCCAGGGGUGCAGUCAGCGCUUUCGAUUUGACCAUCUCGUCUCGUCGAACGUCUCAAAAACCUCCUAGCACCUUACCUCGAGUAGGUCCCAGUAUCCAAACAACACGUUCCAUCUCACCUCCUCAUGUCAUACCCACAACAGUACGCACUCUUCCUAUCCUCUCCGCUUCGGCCAACAAAUCCACUCCGGUACUCAAUAUCACCACAAAUAAAUUUCAAAACGUACCGUUGUCUGGACAAGUUCGUACUUCUCCCAUGGGACACAAACGUGAGCUGUCCGGAUGGUCCACAGUAUCGGGAUCCUAUGAGACAAGUAGUGAAGGGCAUUCCUUCGACGGGUACGAACUUCGUACGCCUACAGAUACCGAUGUCGAGGGAGGAGUACAUAUGAGGGAGUUUGGGUUUUUGGCGGGGAAAGAAUCAAAGAUGAACGUGGGAGAAGUGUCGGUGUUGGACAAGGUGGACAGAGGACAGGAUAUGCGAGGGAUGAAGGAGAAGGAGAAGAGACAUGCGAGUUUGUCAAGAGGUUUGAGUAAACUUAAAGUUGCCAGAGGGUUGUCGAGAUUGUUAAAUCGAGGCUGA